CAUAGUCAGACUCGCACCGAUCAACUUUCCAAAUAUCUAAAAAAUACUUGAUAAUAAUAGUUUAAAAAUAAAUUAACACUUUUUGGGUUUACACAGCAAAGAUAAUCACUAGCCAUGACGGCGAAGAAAACUUCUUUCGACCUUAUGAACCUGGGAUAUCCCGUUCACUCGGAUCCGUACGAAAUAGAUCGCACGUCGUCCUCAUCGUCGCAAAAGGAACCCAGCGAAACUGUGAUGUCCUUUAAGGAGCUGAAGGAAAAACUGCACAAGGAGGCGAAGAACGUAAUGCCGGACUUCUUCCCGCGGGAUCCCUCCUCCACUUCAGAGGACAGCGAGGAUUUCGAAUUCCCGGAGACCGUGAAGGAACGGGCACGUCGCCUCUCCUUCGUCCGCCGCCGGAAAUUGCACUACAACGAGUUCGCCACUGUCGAGUUGGCCAGACGCCUGAUCCACGAGGAGUUUAACACCUCGUCGGAGAGUGUACACAGCGAGGACCACGACUACCUUGCGGAGGUCGUCGAGGAGGAGUGUGCUCCCUGCGAAGCCGAUUCCGACGAAUCCUAUCCGUACAUCCAGUACGAUCGCACUACUACCACCCACUCUCAGGUUUCCGACGAGAGUAUCCCGAAGGAGGAUCCCGAACCGGGCUUCCAUCCCACACAUCACUGCUACGAUAAGCUAAUGAAUGAAACCGCCGAACAGCCAGCGGAUGUUCCCAAAGAGUCCGUCCCCGUGGAGGAGGUCAAGGCGUCUACCCCUCCACUACCGGAAGUGGUUAAAGAAAUUGAUCUAGAAGUAGAGCUUCCCCCUAAAACUUCCCACCAUUCACAAGAGAAGCAUACUCGGGUCAUAGACCGCGGCGAGCAUAUAGACCUGAGUGGCAACAACGCCGUGCCGAAGAACACUCGUUUGAAGACAGUAAAGAGACCUGCUGAGCGCAAAUCACGCAAUUUAUGAACUUAUCCUCGUAGCUAAGAAAUCCAAGGGCUCUUCGAUGGGCUAUGCCUAAACCAGGGAAGGCUAAAAUUUUCCUAAGGAGCUUAAAAAAGCAGCAUACAAAGACGUCGUUGGUUUUCUUAAACGUAAUGCCUACUUAAAUAAAUGGCCAUGUUAAAUAGACAGAUGACUUAAGGCAGAAAUGUUUGAGAUAUUUAAAGUUCCAAUACUGGGAUACCAUACCUAAUGCCAAAGCUACGAGCUUAACAAACCCAUGACCGCCAACGCAUCCAAGCUAAUUUAGACACCAAAUAACCCUUAAAAAAUAUAGUUUUCUCAACCCGGAGACCACACAAUUAUUUCGGCCAUAAAGGCCCAAGCCCACACGGACGCACACACAAGAGGACGAAGGACAUUCAAAGGGAUAACUACUGUGCAACAACGAUAAUGACACCUAACGGUUUCCUCUGGUGAAAGGAGAAAGCAAGAGGGUUUGAUAGUAGAAAGGGAGUAAAGGGACAAUGUGUGGAAAUUAUUUUAAAAAGCGGUGCUCAUCGUUAUCACUUUUGCCUGUGUAUGAGAAAAUUCAUUCAUGGCAAUGUGCGUCUUUGCUUUAUGCGUUUCCUAAAGUUCUGUCAACACCGUUGUACAGUGUUAAUAAAGCUAUUAUAGUUAACAAU